CUGGGGCGCAAGGGGCCGCGCCACCGGGUGACUGGUGCCCCAGACUCCAGCCCGGACCCUGGCCCGGCCGCCCAGGGAGCAAGGGGCUUCCGCAGGCGGUGCUGACCCCCACUCAGCCCGCAAAGGGGAAGAGGCCCAGCGAGUCCCCGAGAAGGGCGCACCUGCCCCAACUCCUGCCCCAUCGGACUUCCAGGCUGUGCCCACCCGGCUCCCGCACCCCUGCUGGCCUGGCCCCUGAGGGGGUGUGCGGCGGGCAGCCGGGCCUGGUGCAAGCUCUCUCCCGCAGAUGGAGGCGGUGGUCCUGAUGCCCUAUGUGCUGGGCCUCCUGCUGCUGCCGCUGCUGGCCCUGCUGGCCGUGGUGCUGUGCGUGCGAUGCCGAGAGCUGCCGGGUGAGCGGCGGUGCGGGUCCCUAUGACAGCACGGACUCUGAUAGCGCGACCCCAAGCAUUGUGAUCAAACGCCCUCCCAUGCUCGCCACCUGGACACCUGCCACCGCCUACCCUUCAGUUACCUCCUACCCAUCCCUGAGCCAGCCGGACCUGCUCCCCAUCCCGAGGUCCCCGCAGCCCCCUGGGGGCUCCCACCGCAUGCCCUCCUGCCGGCAGGACUCCGACGGUGCCAACAGCGUGGCAAGCUACGAGAAUGAGGGUGUGUCUGGGGUCCCGGCUGCCCUGGUUGCAGGGAGGCUGGGGCCUGGGCCGGGCCCUGCUGAUCGCUGUGUCGUUACCUCAGAGCCCCCCUGUGAGGACGACGACGAAGACGAAGAGGAGGAUUAUCCCAACGAGGGCUACUUGGAGGUGCUUCCCGACGGCGCGCCGGCCACCAGCACUGCUGUCCCACCGGCUCCCGCGCCCAGCAACCCCGGCCUCCGAGACAGCGCCUUCUCCAUGGAGUCGGGGGAGGAUUACGUGAAUGUCCCUGACAGCGAGGAGAGUGCAGAUGUGUCUCUGGAUGGGAGCCGAGAGUAUGUGAAUGUGUCCCAGGAGCUGCCGCCCAUGGCCAGGACAGAGACUGCCAUCCUGGGCUUCCCGGAUGUGGACGACGACUACGAAGGAGAGGGACUUCCGGAUUAUGAGAACCUGCAGAACCUCAACUGAGGGUCCGCACGAGGCUGUGCCUGACCUGGAACCAGCCUUGCCCGGGAGUGCCGAGCUGGGCAGCUGACCGUGGCCCUGGGGGGGUCCCUCUUUGGCACCCCACCCUGACUCCCACCAGAGAAUAGUCUGAGAAUCUCCCCCCUAACUUAUUGACACUUCGGGGUCCAGUCUGUGUGGCCCCAACACUCUGCACCUUCUGACAUAGCCUGAGAAUGAACUACACUGGCCCCAGCCCUAUUCUGCUGUGGUCCGUACGCUCUUGCCUUUGGGGGGCCCGGUGGGUGGGAGUCCGAGUGAGGGUGGGCCGUGCCUGAGCACCCGUGUGGGAGUGUCUGUGGGCACACACACACGUGUGUGUGUGUGUGUGUGUGUGUGUGUGUGUCUCCAUCCUCCCUGGGGCCGUCGUGCUCCCGUGGGUCCUGACCUGCUGUUUCGAAUGGCCAAGUGGUGCCUAGGUGCGGGGGGGGGAUGCUUCGGUGUGAGGUGAGUGCCACCCAGGCUGACACUUCUGGGCUUCGAGGCUUCGAUGCAUCCCCUCCCCACGAGAGAGUCCUCUGGACACAUGACCGACGAUGGCUGGGAUGAUGGGAGGGCAGGGCACGGGGAAGCCUGGGGCGCAGAGUGACUUUCUGGAGCAAGACUGCUUCCUGCCGGCCCUCAGUUUCUCCAUCUUUAAAGCAAGGGCGAGGACUUGACCCCACGCAAUGGAAAAGUAAUGAGCAGUGCAGCCUUUCAGACAUCAGUGUGCAGAUGACUCACCGGGAGGGCUUGCUGAAAUGCAGAUUCCAAAUGAGUAGGUCUGGGAUGGGGCCCGAGAAUCUGCAUUUCAGAGAAACUGCCAGUGGUUCUGAUCGCGCCCUUCCAAGAACCAGACUUCGAGCACCUUCCGGCGGAUGUUGUGAUGGGCUCUGGGCUGGGCAUGUGACCCGGACCAGCCCUGGGACUUGGGCCAGAAGCGACUGGAAGGAGAAGCGCUUUCGUUCAUGCCAGUUGGUCAACGGGCGGAAUAUAUUCCUGGAGCCCCUGCUCGGAGAGCCUGCCCGAGAACGAAGCCGAUGUGGAGGACAGAAUGGCCCAGAGGCGGACAAGGCGUCAGGACUCCUGGGCCCAGCCACACCUGAAGCAAGACACCCCCUUGGACUUCCGUUACAGGGGCCAAUAAAUCACCGGUUGUCUUCCCCC